UGCCAGUGAAUCAGAGUUCAUGGCAAUGCCGUAAGUCAUUUGGCACUGUCGCAAAUAAAAACAAACAAACUGCGCUUGCGUUUGUGUUACCAUGGUAAAUUAGACACAAUAAGAGUUGUCUUUCCACUGGUUUUUGAAGAUGUCUGCUAAAAAGAAGGGCGGCAAAGUCAGCAAGGCCGAUAAGGAACGACUGCAGAAGGAGGAGGAUGAAAAGAGGAAGAAAGAGGAAGAAGAAGCUCGGGUGCUGGCCGAGCGAGAGGAGAUGGAGAGGCGGGAGAGAGAGCGGGAGGAGCAGGAGGAGCAGCAGAGACUGGAGCAGAAGGAUUCUGAACGGAGAGAUGAUGAGCUGAAUGAACUGCGCCAUCUACUGGAGGAGAACCACACUGCAGUCACUAAACAGGAAACAGACUCCAGAGAGAAAGCCAAAUGGGACAGGUACAUGCUCUGUGAUGGCAGCCCAGAUCCAGCAGUCCAGCAGGAGAUCAACACCUUCAUCAACCUCUGGAUAGAAGACCAAGAAAUCCAGAUCGAAAAGGUUUUGAAGUGCUGUGACCUCGCUCUCAGGCUGACUGAGGAGCUGGACGGUCUCCUGGGAGACCAGCCCAACCUCGCGGAGGCCCAGAGGUACCAGGAGACCCUGCUCUCCCUCCAGAACCUCAUCCACGCCAAACACCUCCUCACCACGGAGGAGAUACUUAAGUGGGCUAAGGCUCACUCUGACAUUGAGACAGGAAACAUGCAGACUGUAGUCCAGGGGAACAACACCACUCUGUGUCUGUGGGCCAAUCUCAACAAGAACCCAAGGUUUAAAGGGUACCACUUUGAGGAAGUGAACAUAGGCUUUGAGCUGCCUAAGCAGCUGGCUGUGAGCGACAUCGCUGUGAGGAUCCUGCACACCCACUACGACCACCUGUCUCCCCUGGCCCGGCAAGCCCGCCUGAGGGCCCAGACCCCCAGCUCCAGGUCCCUGGUGGGAGGGGAGGAGCGCCAAGAGACCCCAGUCGUGGAAGAGGGAGAGACAGGGGCGGAGGGGGAGGGGAGGGAGAGUGCCCACCAUGGAGGAGGGACAGAGGACGAGGUGCAGUCUGUCAGAGGAUCGGAGGGAAGGAAGAGUGCGGUGAGUGUGCUCUCUGUGAAGGAGGACAGGAAGAGUACUAUGAAAACAGGGAGCGUGGAAGGAGAGGUGGAGAUACAGAUGGAGGGAGCUAUCCCAGCAGGAGAGGGUGACUCCAGCCCCACACCGGUGGAGCUUGUGAUUGACAGCUCUGACAGGGAUUGUGGGGUGGACCUGCAGCAGUACACGCCCCUGGGGGGGGUGUUCUACUGCAACGUGUUCUGCCUCCCGCCCCAAGCCCAGCAGCUGAACGACUGGGAGAUGAGAAAGAUUUUGGAGACGGGCUUGCUGGAGUUCCAGUACCCCACGGAACACGUCCAGAUCCAGGGCUCCGGCUCAGCCACCAGCAGGAUGGAGGACAGCACGCUUCACACCAGCCCCCCCGUGGGGCUGACCAUCACCCUGCCGGACUCCGUCCUCUUCCUGGAAGACCCCCAAGUGGCUUGCUGGGACCCCCAUGGUCAGCACUGGACCACGGACAGCAUCAGUGAGGUGUCGUACGACGCCGCAGAGAGGAGGAUCUCCUUCAAGAUGGAGUCGUUCUGCCCCGUCACCCUGCUGCAGGACACGUACGCCAACAUGCCCUUCCAGGGCUGGGAGCUGCGGCCACUGGACCGGGACUCCGCCCAGCUCACCAUCACCGGAGCCCUCAUUGAAGUCAGCAUCAUCGUCAAGGGCAACCAGUGUAUGCUGCAGUCAGAGCAGGACACAGGCCUGAAUCAUAUCCUGGGUGUAUGGAAGAGUUUCUCAGACCUGCAGAAAGCCAUGGUCAACGCCGGGGUCAACGUGUUCGUCAACGAGCACUCUGACAAGUACGUCAGCAUCAGCGCAAAGGACCCCCUGAUGGAGCAUGCUGUGUACGAGCAGAUGGCUCUGCUGUCCUCCACCUUCGCUUUCUCCUGGAGCCAGUGGAACGCACAGUGUGGACAGGACCAUCUGGUCCUGCAGGUGUGUGAGCACCUGGGAGCUGGCCCCGUGGAGGAGGAAGCAUGGAGUGUGUAUCUGCUGGGGGCCCAGAGGAGCCAGAGGCUGAGGAUAAAGGAAAGUAGUGAGGCCUUCUCCACAGAGCUCCACCCCGGCAGCGAGUUCCACUCCACCUUCCUGCACAUGCUCAGAGAAUACACCAGCCCUGCAGGCCUGGACAGAACCAGGAAGUCCCACUACCAGUUUGUCGACACCGUGCAGCAGCUGCUGUGUGCAGCGCGACCACUCACCUACUCAUGACCUCGCUCGCAUGCAUGGGAAUCAUUAUUAUUAAAAGGUGCAUUUGAUUUGCA